UUUCAUGGUCAGCCUGAGGAUAUACAGCCGGACAAGGGCGCGACAGAUAUGGAUUGAUGACAUCCUUAUGGGGUUGGCAAUGCUUUUGAUGAUACCAAUGACGGUCGGUAGCUACAUGUUCACCAAAACCAGCUUCCUGGGGAUCCACCUCCGCGACGUGCCCCUAGACCAGCUGGACCUCUCCAGGGCGGGCCGGUGGAACUACAUCGUGCAGGUGUUUUACCACCCGAUCCUGCCGCUCUGCAAGUCGGCCGUGCUCAUGUUCCUGCUGCGGCUGGGCGGCCACCGCCGGCCCGUGAGGUGGGCCAUCCACGCCACCAACUCGCUCAACCUCGUCGCCAUGGCCGCCACCACCCUGACCGCCAUGCUGCAGUGCAGCCCCGUGCGGACCAACUGGGCCUUUUCCGCGUCCAACGGCGCCUGCAACGAGCAGUUUGAGUUUUACAUCGCCGGCGCCGGCAUUGCCAUCUUUACGGACGUGCUGGUGCUCGCGCUGCCGUUUUGCAUCUUUUUGCACCUGAGGAUCUCGAGGCACAUGAAGACGGCCGUGCUGGGGGUGUUUUUGCUGGGUUCCAUUGUCACGUUCGUCAGCAUCGGCCGCCUCUGGUACUUCUGCACCCUCUACAACAUGUCCAUGUUCCCCCUCCCCCGCGACGCCGACCUGACCUACCCCAUCACCUUUGUCGUCUCCAACGUCGAGGCCAACCUGGCCAUAAUCUGCGCCUGCGUGCCUGCCCUGCGCGGCCUCGCACGCUCCUGGUGGCCGCGGCUGUUUCGCGCCUCCGCAGAGGUGGUCGUCGCCAGGGAUGGCAACGCCGUGCAGCCCAGCCCGGGGGCCAGAAAGACGCCACUAGACACUGCGUGGUCGGUUGUCAGUGGUUCGACUACCGAUCGGGCGAUCGCGUCGCGGGUAGCAGGGGACGACGAGAAGCUCGAGGCGCGGGACGUCGAGUCCAACACGUCCGACGCCGCCACUUGCUCGCGGUUGCUGCAGGCCGAGUUGCGCGCCAUCGGAACCGCUGGCAGCACCGUGGGUGUGUGCUAUAGUCUGAGCAACAGGAGCAAUGUGUCGAUUGCUGGGGGCGCCGAGAGAAAGGCUGCCGAGGCGUUUAGGGAUGGGGCUGAUGUGGGUAUGCAUCCGCUCGAGGGGGCCAUAGUGUGCACGACGGAUAUCACCGUGCAAGCGGUGGGAGACCACAAGGCCUGCUUGCCCGAGGUGGCCAGGUGGAGGAUGCGCCCGGCUGGUGUGUAUACCGGACCGCUCUUUGUAAUGCUUUACCUCUGA